UCUGCAGCAUCACUGAGCUGGUGCAGUGCAAAACGCCGCUCAUCCUCACCGAUGGUGUGCAGAACAAGGGGGACAUAAAAAAAAAACCUUCUGAAACUAAAAACAUCCACAUCCUUUUUCUUAAAACAAACUAAAAAAAUCCACAACAAAAAAUUCAUCAUGAGCUACGAUACCUUCUUCUCCUACCGCCGCCCUUGGGACGGCUACAAAGGCUCCCAAACCACCACCAAACCCUCCAUGUCCUCCUCCAUCUACUCUUCUCAUGGAGCCCCUCAGUCUGUGAAGAGGAUCCUGAGGGUGGCCUCCUCUUCCCUGCCGGACAGGUCCGAGCGGAUGGACAUGGCUCAGACCAGCACCCUCAACACAGAGCUGCUGGGCCUGCGCUCCCAGGAGAGGGAGCAGCUAGGGGACCUGAACGACCGCUUCGCCACCUACAUCGAGAAGGUGAGGCACCUUGAGCUGCAGAACAAAGCCCUGCUGGGCGAGCUGGAGGAGCUGAGGCGGCGGCAGCAGAACGACCCGUGCCGCCUUAAGGCGCUCUAUGAGGGGCGUUUGAGGUCCAUGAUAGACUCAGAGAACAGGGAGAAGAUGCGAUUGAAGGCAGAGAGAGACUACCUGCGUGACGUGUAUGAGCAGUGGAAGAAGGUGGUUGAGGAGAAGGCGAGUGAGCGCAUGGAUGCUGAGGAGACCCUGCAGAGGGCCAGGGAGGAGGCCAGCAGGGCCGUGCUCGCCAACUGUGAUGCCGAGGCCUCCGUGGUCUCUCUGUGUGAUGAGAUGGCGUUCCUGAAGAAGGUCUUUGCAGAGGAGCAAGUGGAGCUGCAGGCCCAGCUGCAGGCGGCUAACAUCACUGUGGAUGUGGAGGUGUCCCGGCCUGACCUCUCCACCGCCCUGCGAGACAUCCGGGGACAGUACGAGCGGCUGGCAAACAAGAACAUGCAGGCCGCCGAGGACUGGUACAAGAACAAGUUCGCCAGCGUGGCGGAGAUGGCCAGCAAAAAUAACGAGGCCGUGCACGCCAUCCGGGAAGAGACCAUGGAGUACCGGAGGCUGCUUCAGUCCCGCUCCUCUGAGAUAGAAUCUCUCCGGAGCUUCAUCGAAUCCCUAAAUAAGCAGCUGGAGGAUCUGGAGGACACGCAGACCAAAGAGGUGGCAAAGUAUCAGAUGAGGAUAAGUGAGCUGGAGCGGGAUAUCUCUGACUCCAAGCAGGAGAUGGUGUGCUACCUGAGAGAGUACCAAGACCUGCUCAAUGUGAAGAUGGCCCUCGACAUUGAAAUAGCUGCGUACAGGAAACUUCUGGAGGGGGAAGAGAUUCGUCUGUCUUACCCCGCCCUUCCCGGCCUAAACUAAACGCCACCAGCCUGGCAUCAACCUGAAUACUUCACACCCCUUCUUUCCUGUCCCUCUCCCUCCCUCAUCUCCUUUACGUUCUCCCCUCUAUCAUCUUUGCCCCAAAAAUACUCCUUCCAUCCUUUACUCCUCCCCAAAACUAAAACAAAAAAAUCGCAAACCAAAGCUCAUCGUUCUCAAGACAGAUGCGCCCUUGUGCUAAACAAGAGGUCCACCAGAAGUCCCCCUUCUUCUACACACGUUCUGACACCGCACAUCAAGAAGACGGCAGACUGUAAAAUGCAGAGAGGCUGCACUGCAUUAGCAACAUAGCUAAGACGGACAGCAGUGUUGCUUUGGCUGAGUUCCUCUCUGUCACACACGUUAAGGUCCAAGCAGCACGGUUACUAUUCGACUCUUCUGAACCCUCGUUGUGCAAACAUUUUACCAAUUGUUUGUGAAGGAGGUGUCUUUUAUCUCUGGAUGCUUGGACUUUAUCUGUGUUUGUACUGAUGCAAGAAACCUGCAGCAUUAUUAACCGGGAACUCUACCAAUCGAUCAUGCAUUGUGCUGCACACCUGGUUCUCUACAGUCAGUGAACCAGUAACCUUAAAAAUAUUUAUUUUCACUAUAUUAAAGAUACAUUUUUGUCCUUUUUAGUUAUUCUUCCUCUGCAUUUACACAAAUACCACAAGUUUGGUUGGUUUAAAAUCCAGAGUGAGUUUGGGUUUUUCUAUUUGGCCGGUUAUUUAAAUUUCUAUUACAAAUGUGUCUUUUCUUGCUUCUGGACAUGUAAAUGCUGUGGAAGACUAAUUGUUACUGGUUUCUCCUUAUAUUCAUGCAGUGUGUCUCACAGCUUAUCUGCAUUAGAUUUGUUUUUGUUCUGUGAGUUCAUUCAAAGCUAAACACGGAAAGUGGAAGAUAAGCAGGAGCUCCUUGUUGUUUGUGUGUCGAUGUUAGAUCUAAAUGGUGCUUUACAUCUGUGAAGUUAAUACCAAGUCUGCACCAUUACGCUCGAUGUACCUGUAACAGCCGGCAACAAGCUGAAUAAACAUAUAACUGACCUGCAAAUCAG